UUUUUGGAAAUUAAAUUUUAAGGGAAAAUAAUAACAAGGAGAUAUGUCUGCUUAUACAAAAUUCAAAAUUGUUUCACUGUUCUCAUUUUCAGGGCCACGAGUUCAACGUUUCAGUACGGGUUGUCAAAACGAUGGGGGUUCAAAGAAAGAUGCCGACAAAAAUGGGUCCAGACUAAAAAAAGAACUUAAAUUCGAUGCUUUUAAAUUGUCCAAGGAUAAGCUCAAUCCAAAUUGUUUCGUUAGCGAUGCCAAUGCAAAUUAUAUGGAAUAUCUCUUCUCGAAAUGGAUUAGGAACCCCGAUUCUGUACAUAAGUCCUGGCAGCUAUAUUUUAAUGACGUUUUGCAAAGUAAUCAUGUAGGUAAAGUAGAAAACUUUUCGAGCACAGCAACUCAGAUAACUGCUGAGCAAACUCCGAAUCAAGAUACUCUAGCCAAGAACAGCAGUGUCUUGUUUGGUGCAGCGCUAGAUAAAUUGGGUGAUGUCAAUAUUUAUGAUCUAUGCGCCAAACUGGAGACAGCCAAGGCAGCGAAAACUGUAAAGGAAACUCAAAAAAGUAAAGAUAAUUCGGAUGAUGUUCAAAUAACAAAUCAGAAAACAGUAUUUGAAAAUGUAAGCGAUUCCGUGGAGAAAACAAUUCAGAAAGAGAAUUCUGUUGGAGUAACUAACCAGAAGGAAGGGUCAGAAAGUUCAAUCAAUAGUUCAAAUAGUUCAAACGAUUUGGCUGAAAUGACUACGAAGCCGCCAUCGCAAGAGAAAAGUUACGUGAUUGGAACCAUAAUUCUAAGUCCAAUUAACGAAGAUUUAACUGGAUCCAAAGAUGUAAAAGAGGAAGCUAAGAAACCGAAAGACAGAGACAGCAUAAAGAUCGUCUCCAAACCCAAGCGACAGCAAACCAACAAAAGUACCUCCAAUAAAGUCCAUGUUGAACCAAAGAAACCCGUUGAGCUGGCCGAGCAUCUGCGUGCUGUGGAACGUGUUAAGGAGGCUUUGAAGGAGAAACCCUUUUGCACGCGACGAGAUUUUAUCAAAUCGCAGCUGGAGCGCAUUGAAAAGCUGAAGGAUCAAAAGUUCUUGGAUCGAAAGAAACGCGAAGAAAAUGUGAAAAUUGUAGCGAAGACUCCAAAGCCAGAGGAGAAGCCACGCAAAUAGAGCUAUGCCGGAAUGAAACUUUAUAUAUAUCAUAUAUAUAUAUCAUAUAUAUGUGUAUAUAUAUCAAAAUUCGAAUCUCGGCAUGCCUUGUUGCCAUAUGAACACUUAAAACAUCAAAGAUGAAAAAUAGUACAAAGCUCUGACAAAUAAAAAUUUAUUUACAUUUUAAAAAUAGUUCAAAUCGCUUAGCAUGUUGUAAUUCAGAGAAAGCAAAACAAAAAAAAAAAAAAGGAAACAAAAAAUACGGAUUACUUGCCGGCCAAAUUAAUAUUUUCUUAAAAUUUAACGUGAAGUUUCAACAAUUGUUUUAAUUCUGCGGGUGCAGCCAUGAAUCCCAACCAGGGCCGCAUCGGGCAAGCAAUUUUAGCCCAGGGCUUGAGGCACGAAUACGCCCGCUAUAAUGCAGGCCGACGGUCGCUGGUAAUUGCCUCAAAGCUCUAUUCAAAAAAGAAUCGAACCCCCGAUGAUUCUGAUAGUUUGGCCAACGGCAGCAAUGCCAUAUACAUUGACAAAUUGUACUCAAAAUGGUCCAAGGAUCCCGGCUCUGUGGAUCAGUCGUGGGAUGCCUACUUCAGUGGCAAGCCUCGGAGCAUAUCGUCUGCCCGGCAGCGUCAGCCCAAGAAACGUAAAUGGCAACCAGCCUCAGUUUCAGAACGUCCCGCAUCUUCUGCUACAAAUCCUGCACCGCAGGCCGAUUGGAAAUACAUAGACGAUCAUUUGGUCGUACAGGCCAUUAUCCGAGCCUAUCAGACGCGCGGUCAUUUGGCCGCUGACCUGGAUCCUUUAGGCAUUGUGGGACCAACUGGUCAUUCUCCCGCCACGGAUGACAGGAAGCUGCAGGCCACGCGAGCUGUGCUGCGACAGCAUUACUCCUAUAUAUUCAAUGAUUUGAAUGCCCUGUUCAAGCUGCCCAAGUCCACGUUGAUUGGUGGCGAUGAGGAGUUCCUGCCGCUUAGAGAAAUACUGGAUCGUUUGGAACGCGUUUAUUGUGGUCAUAUUGGUGUGGAGUACAUGAUGAUAACGUCAAUCCACAAGAGCAACUGGAUACGCGAGCAAUUUGAGAAGCCCGGCGUGAUAAACUUCAAGCCUGAAGAGAAAAAACUGAUCCUUGAGCGUCUAACACGCUCCACGGGCUUUGAGAACUUUCUGGCGAAAAAGUACAGCUCCGAGAAGCGCUUCGGACUGGAGGGUUGCGAUAUCAUGAUACCCGUCAUGAAGGAGAUCAUCGAUCAGUCGAACAAAUGUGGCGUCGAGUCCGUCCACAUUGGCAUGGCGCAUCGUGGUCGUCUGAAUGUGUUGGCCAAUGUCUGUCGCAAGCCCAUGAAGGAGAUUCUGUCACAAUUUCAUGGCCUGAGAGCCAGCGACUGGGGCUCUGGUGAUGUCAAAUACCAUUUGGGUUUGUUUACGGAGCGCCUGAAUCGGCAGUCCAAUAAAAAUGUGCGCAUCACCGUUGUGGCCAAUCCGUCGCAUCUGGAGUACGUUAAUCCGGUGGUGCUGGGCAAGGCACGCGCCGAGAUGUUUCAUCGCGGUGACUAUCAGGGCAAUAAGGUCCUGCCCAUGCUGAUACAUGGAGACGCAUCGUUCUGUGGCCAGGGCGUUGUCUACGAGUCCAUACAUAUGUCCGAUCUGCCGGCCUACACCACGCACGGAACAAUUCAUGUGGUCUCCAACAAUCAGGUGGGCUUCACCACAGAUCCGCGCUUCUCCCGCUCGUCACGCUACUGCACGGAUGUUGCCCGCGUUGUCAACGCGCCCAUAUUCCAUGUAAAUGCCGAUGAUCCGGAGGCGUGCGUCCAUUGCGCCCGUGUCGCUGCCCUUUGGCGUGCGAAAUUCCACAAGGAUGUGGUCAUCGAUAUUGUUGGCUAUCGCCGCAAUGGCCACAACGAGGCCGACGAACCGAUGUUCACCCAGCCGCUAAUGUACCAGCGCAUACGUAAGCUCAAGAACUGCACGGUGAAGUAUGCAGAGAAGCUGACCAGGGAUGGGGUUAUCAAAAUGGAGGAAUACACGGAAAUGGUCAAGAAAUAUGAUAAUAUCUGCAAUGAGGCCUUCGAAGAGUCCAAGAAGAUCAAAACCUUUAAGAAUUCACACUGGCUGGAUUCGCCCUGGUCCGGCUAUUUCCAGGGCCGGGAUCGUCUAAGGGUGUGCCCAACGGGAGUUAACCUCAAAACUCUGCAGCAUAUUGGCGAAAUAUAUUCCUCGCCGCCGCCAGCUGAACAUAAGUUCGAAGUGCACAAAGGCAUUUUGCGUAUUUUGGGCCUGCGCAAGAACAUGAUCAAGGAGAAAAUAGCCGAUUGGUCGCUGGGCGAGGCAUUUGCCAUUGGCACGCUGGUUAAGGAUGGCAUACAUGUGCGCAUAUCCGGGCAGGAUGUGGAGCGCGGCACGUUCUCGCAUCGCCAUCAUGUGCUGCACCAUCAGACCAAGGACAACGUGCGCUACAAUUCGCUGCAGCAUCUAUAUCCGGAUCAGGCGCCCUACGAUGUCUGCAACAGCUCGUUGUCGGAGUGCGCCAUCUUGGGCUUCGAGACGGGCUAUUCGAUGGCCAAUCCCAACACCCUGGUCAUCUGGGAGGCGCAGUUCGGUGACUUCGCCAACACCGCUCAGCCCAUUAUAGACACCUUCCUUGCCAGUGGUGAGACCAAAUGGGUGCGUCAAUCCGGCCUGUGUAUGUUCCUGCCCCACAGCAUGGAGGGCAUGGGCCCCGAGCAUUCCUCCGGCCGCAUUGAACGCUUUCUACAGCUCAGCGACGAUGAUCCCGACUGUUUUCCGGACAUGUGCGAUGCGGACCUUGUGGCCCGCCAGCUGAUGAACACCAAUUGGAUUGUGACCAAUUUGACGACGCCAGCGAAUCUCUUCCAUGCACUGCGGCGUCAGGUGGCGCUGGGUUUCCGCAAGCCGCUUAUCAAUUUCUCGCCAAAAUCUGUCCUGCGUCAUCCGAAGGCGCGCAGUCCUUUCCGGGACUUUAACGAGUGCAGCUCUUUCCAGCGUCUCAUACCCGAUACGGGUAAGGCCGGCGAAAAUCCGGAUUGCGUCAAACAUUUGGUUUUCUGCUCUGGCAAGGUAUACUACGAUCUGCUCAAGGAGCGCGAAGAUCACGAGCAGGAAUCAACUUGCGCCCUCGUGCGCGUCGAGCAGAUCUGCCCGUUUCCCUAUGAUCUGAUCCUGGAGCAGAUAAAAAAGUAUAAAACUGCAGAGCUCAUCUGGUUCCAGGAGGAGCACAAGAACCAAGGCGCCUGGAGCUAUAUCCAGCCACGCUUCGACACAACCAUUCUGAAGAUGGAGGGUGAAAGCCGUGGCAUUAAUUAUCACGGACGACCACCAAACUCGGCCUCAUCCACCGGGAACAAGGUGCAGCAUUAUUCGCAAUAUGAUGCUAUCAUGACUGGCCUCUUUGGUGAACUGACCGAAGAGAAUAAGAAGCGCAUCAAGGAGAUCAAGGAGCAGGAGCAAAAAGCGGCCGUCCAACAGUCCGAAGCUAGCUUGGCGAAAGCCAAACAGGACAAAAUGAAGGAGGGCGAAAAGAAGGCGGGCGAAAAGAAGGCGGGCGAAAAGAAGGCGGGCGAAAAGAAGGAGGGAGAAAAGAAGGAGGGAGAAAAGAAGGAGGGUGCCAAGGGGGCACCACCAGCACCAACAGGAAAUGCUAAUCCACCGAAACCGUCCGCAAAGGCAGCACCCGCUGCAGCAGCAGAGCCACCAACAGAAACUUCACCCUCACCGGCACGUAAGUCCUUGGCAGCAGAGCCACCAACAGAAACUUCACCAUCCCCGGCACGUAAAUCAACGGCACCAGAAGCACCAACAACGGCUCCAUCACCAGCUCGCAAGCCUGGGCAGGGAAGCGCGCCAGGAAAUAAACCGAAGUUAGCUCAAAAAGAAGUUACGCCGUCAGAUAAAUCAAAUGAUAAGAGAGAAGCACCCAAAAGAGCUGCUGACAGAGAUAAUAAGCAAGAUAAGCAAGAUGAAAAUGAAUCUGCUAAGCGAUUGAGAAAAUCUGAAGAUGAAGUGACUCCCAAUGAUCCCACAAGCAGCCUGUAAAAAUCGAAUGAGGUGAACUAAAUUUCAGUUUUGCCGUAUUUCGCUUAGAAAAAGAGCCAAGUAUUGUAUUUUAACUAAAAUUAAAAGUCUUUAGUUAAUGACAUCA